GACCUGGCACCGCCAUCACCGGCUCCACACUUACACUUGAUUGGAGUUAGAACAGUUCAACUCUUAAAGGUGACUGUCACCAUGGCACUUUCUGAAAAUUGAAUUCUCUCACUUUUCUUGGGAAUCCUAUUUUCUGCACCAGCAAUUGAUUUACAAAGGUGGUUGACAUUUUGGCAUACCAGCAGCUCAUCCAAGGCCUGGUUGCCAAGCUUCUCUGACUGCCAGCUGGUCAGUGCUGGCUGAAUGUGGACACCAAUUAACACAGCGGGCUUUUGUGGUGAACAGGUGUGAUCUGAAGCUCUGAUCAUCACAACUUCCAGUCAGUCGUCACAAUGGCUACAGGUACGGGUUUACCAGCCACUGAAACUGUGCCUCCUCCAAAGGCAGAUGGUCCCACGACAUCUCCAACAUCAGGCCCGCAAUCCGCGGCCGGCAGGAGGAUGGCUCACAUUCACAAGUUAGAAAGAAAACACAGCAGUGGUGAUCUUCACAGUCGAUUGAAGACUCGCAAAUUAUUGGGUGUUGGAGAAACUGAUGACGGUGAUGUUCAUAGAUCUAAGCUCAGCCAGAUUUUGGGCCAUAAUGAUCAGCUGUACGUGCGACUUCCUUGGGGGUUGAGGAUGUGGCAGUUUAUGUUGGCAAUCACCUUCACUGUCGUAGCUAUCUGGGCCCUGAUGUUCCCUGCUCACCUGUACGAGGUAUUGUUUGGGACACAACAACCACAGGAAUCCCUAUUACCUGUCAGGUUAUAUGGAAUAGCUAUUCUUUGUAUAUCCCUGGUGUACUGGAGCACACUUCAGAGUGCAGAUCGAGAAAUCAUACGCAUGAUUCUUCUAGUCAGUAUGGUAUACUUCGGCCUCCAAACCUUCAUGAUCCUGGUGGUAAGCUUCGCGGUGGGUUCCUCAGAGAAUUUCUUCUUACUGUGUUUUGGCUGUGUGUCGAUUGUGCUGAUCAGUACGGCCUACCACUGGGCAAUUGGGGGCAAGCUGGUGUCCAUUCGGCGCUCCACUUCUAAUAAGGACUUGUCCACUUCCCCUCAAUCCAUUAGUCCAAGCAAAGACCCGAACCAGAAAGAGCACAUCAACUGAACGCCUGCAGUCCCUCACCUUACAUGUUCACCCCAUACCUCCCCCUGCCCAGUCAUCUUUACCCGGUUGCAGCAGUGUGUUAUGAUAAUCACAAGACUGUACUCAACAUAGUCUGAAGCAGUCUACUCCAGGAACAUUGUAAAAUUGAAAAAAAGUAUUGCCAUGGAUACAACAUAAAGAGAUACAUUUUCAGUGUUUUCUUGUAAACUGAUCAAGAGAAGAGCUUUUUUUUUUAAGUAGCUGUGAGGAAAAUGGAAACAGCACUGCCAUGCCCUUGUAAAUGCAAGUGAUGACGAUGAUGAUGAUGAUGAUGACGACGACGACGAUGAUGAAGAAGAACCACCAUGGAGUUUGGAUUUUUCUUUGUCAUUGAAAAUGUGAGAGCAGGUUUUGAAGUUUUGGACGGAAAGACUGAACAGUAUGAGGACAAUUUUCUGAUAGGAUCAAAGGAUAGCAUCACAAUAAUUUCUCCAGAACCAUGCUGUGACUCCUUACCCAACCACCCUGCCCUGCAAAUCCUUGAUAGCCAGACUAACUAUGGACCUUAUACAGCGGCAUCACUCUUCAACUGAACCCUUGUACCCCUCCACUUUGUACUCAUGAAAAAGCAGGAGGUGGAAAGAAGCUAUUGUGUUUCCAUUAUAGAGCUAUUUUGUAAUGAUCAUAUGACUACUGGAUGAUGGCCGAGUCUCAUGAGACUACUGGACGAUGGUAGAGUCUCAUGUGACUAGUGGACGAUGGUAGAGUCUCAUGUGACUACUGGACGAUGGUCAAGUCUCAUGAGACUACUGGACGAUGGUAGAGUCUCAUGUGACUACUGGAUGAUGGUAGAGUCUCAUGUGACUACUGGAGGAUGGUCGAGUCUCAUGUGACUACUGGAGGAUGGUCGAGUCUCAUGUGACUACUGGAUGAUGGUAGAGUCUCAUGUGACUUGUCCCAUGAGCCAUGACUCACUGAACCCUGGCCUCCCACUCCUAGCAUUGUGCUUAACGCUCUAUCACUAUAGGCACCUACACCUACCACU